AUGGCAGCUCUCCAGCCCCUCACCCGCAACCUCCCCGGCAUCGUGCGCGACCCGCUCGUCGCUCUCCUGGGCCAGGAGUGCUACACGACCCUCGUCUGGAACACGGACCUCGCCGACACGCGCUGCCUCAAGCUCGCCCUCUCCAAGGGCCUCGGGCUCGGCAUGGUCGCCGGCGGCGCCAUCCUCAAGGUGCCCCAGAUCCUCACCGUCGUCAACAGCGGCUCGGCGCGCGGCCUCAGCUUGAGCAGCUACGUCCUCGACACGGCGGCAACUGCGAUCACGGUGGCGUACAACUUGCGGUCGGGCUUCCCGUUCUCGACCUAUGGCGAGAUGGUCUUCCUCCUCGCGCAGAACGCCGUCCUCAUUACCCUCAUCACGUCGUACUCGGCACGCCCGACCGUCCCGCGCCUCGUCCCGCUCGCCCUCUUCUUCUCGACCCUCGCCUACGCCCUGUCGUCCACCGCAAUCGUGGCCCCACCGACGCUCGCGUGGCUCCAGACCCUCACGAUCCCGAUCUCGCUCUCGAGCAAGCUGCCGCAGAUCGUCAGCAACGCGCGCGCCGGCUCGACCGGCCAGCUGUCGGCGUUCCUCGUGUUCAACUCGCUCGCGGGCUGCCUCGCGCGCGUCUUCACGACCCGCACCGAGACGGCCGACCCGGUCCUCCUGUGGGGGUUCGCCCUCGGCGCCCUCCUCAACGGCGUCCUCGCGCUCCAGAUGCUCGUCUACCGCAACAAGGUCGACGUCGAGGUUUUCGACAAGCGCCCCGACGGCCGCCUCGAGCAGGCCCACGUGGGGGCGACGGGCGUCGACCGCAGGGAGGUGCCGGCUGUCGCGGCGGCGGCGGCGCCGUCGGGCGGGCUCGCGACGCCCGUCAAGCAGGUGGCGGGUGCUGGUGCGGCCAAGCAGAGCCCGGCGAGCGCGGGAGGGUCGGCGAGGCGGUACGUGCGCAAGCUGGACUAGUUCGUGCUUACAACUCGCGCUCGAUGGUGCCUCUCUUC